AUUUACAUCUACAAUAUGGAUCAUGUUUCUCAACAUUUUGAAGCGGUUUUUAUUAAUGUCAAUAUCUUCAACUAUUCUUAUAGUAGUAUUUGGUCUCCAAAACAUAUGCUGUCGGGGAAACGGUAAAAUGCCCAUCAGUAUGUGAAGGGCUACACACUUCUUUAUUUCUCCUUCGUUUGUUUUUAUGGAAUUGCCGUCGGUGGAUAUGCUAUGCAUAUUAGUUUUUUCAGCUAUUUCAGAAAAAAUAAAUGGGGGAAAAUAUUUCGAAAAAUAUUGGAAUGGUGUUAGAAGAUACAAGUCCUCAAUGUCAGAAUCAGGAGAUUGAAAUUGUGUAUCUGGUGCAUGAAAGUCUGCCUUUUUCCACUCAGUUUUUGAUUUCUUUUUACUAUGUAACUUACAAGAAUCUUUCGGAAAUUUACUGAAGACGGUCCAGGCACAUUUAAUUCAUCUUCAUAAAAUUCACUAAAUAAUAAUAAAUAAAUUGCAGUUUUUUUAAAAUUUUUCCUACUCUACGGAAUGCUUAUCUAUAGUGAAUUAUUCUUACCUAUUAUCUGAAUCAGUAUCGUCAUAAAUUGCAACAUCAUCAGCGUCCAGACCCCACUCAUCAUCCGAAUCUUCAAAAUCAUCAUCUGAUACCUCUAGACUUUCAAGCAAAGCCAGAGCAUCCUAUGCUGAUAAGUAUUUUUUUCGUCUUCUAUCUACAAAAUAAAAAAUAAUAAUUCCAAUUGCAAAUAACUAGGUAAAUAAUAUAUUCCCACAAAUUAUAUACUAAUCCAAUAACAAGUCAUCAAAAAAUAGAUAUAGCUAGUGUACGUAUAAUACAUUUAAACAGGGGUGUCAUUUCAGAUUUUUUCAGAAGGGGGCAAAUACUUGGCCAGGGGGGGGGCAAAGUAAUCGUAAAAGUGCAUAAAAUUGACCCCCCAAAAAUGGGAUAAAUAAGCAAAUUUUCCUAAAUUUCAAAAUCCAAGAAAGGUUAAAUGCCCCCAAAUGACACCUCUGCACUAAAAUAAUAGAAUUAUACUAAAUUAAUUAUUACAACCAAUUUUUCGUAACACGUGCUUUGUUAAUAAAUACUUCCUUCAAGAACCAGCGUCCUACUGUUAGAACGCAUAUUCAGAUAUCACUAAAUCUCAUAUUAUAUUCAUUUUUCUUAAUAAAAGCUGCAUUAAACAUUAACUAAAGUAACACUCUUCAAAACAAUAUAUUCAAAAAUUAUUUAAAAUUAUUUUUAUUAUCAAUAAAAUGAGUAAACAAAAGGUACGUACCAUUAACAGACUCAUUCUUCUUCGCAUCCAUCUUGAAUAUCCUCUGUCAGUCAAGUAGCGCCCUCUUUUGAAGGAAAAAUUAAAUAGAAGUCCUUUUAAUAGAACACGGGGUUUUCACGGAUCAUUUUAUAAAAAUUUUUGAGUAGGGUCACUGCAAAUGUGCUAUACUAUUACUAGGACGCCAGAUCCGAAAGGGGUAGAUAUCUACAUCUUUUGUUUCGAAUUCCGAAAUUUGAAAUCAUGCUUCUUUUUCUGAAAAAUCACGCACCAAUUCUUACAAAUGAAAGGAUAUAUAUUCUUUUGAAUGCAGUUUUAACAAAGUAUUAAUUCACAAUUUUUAAAGUUUACUAUGACACAGCUGGACGGAACGGUUGCAUCUGCGCUUUAAUGACCGAUGUCCUCUUCCUUAUAACUGUGAAUUCAGAAUGUUUGAACUGCAAAUGGCUUUAUAUCACCCCAUGUUACCAGUCCAGGGCUAGAUGGGAUCACAUAUAUUAUGCUCUGCCAUCUGAAUACAACUUCCCUUUCGAAUCUGCUAGUAUUAUUAUUUAAUAAAAUAUGACUUGACCGGAAGUAUCCUUCACAAUGACGCGAAGCUAUUGUCAUCCCAAUCUUAAAACCUGAUAAGAAACCAACAAAUCCUCUAAACUACAGACCAAUUGCUCUGACUAGUUGCCUUUGUAAGAUGUUUGAGCGCAUGGUCAAUAAACAUCUUGUAUAUGAACUGGAGAAACAAGGAUGCAUCUCCCCGUUGUAGAGACUAGCGAAUCUUUCCAAUAGUGCCUCCCUAUGAGAUUGGUUCAGUCUAUUAAAACCAUAGGUGGGGAAAUAAGGAAAAUGGAGAUUACGCGCGAGGCAUGAGCUAGAGUUUUCAACUUAUAGAGAUGAGAAUCGGGUUUUCAAAAUUUCUAUUAAACACAUUUUCAUCGAAAUGAAGGAUAAAAAUAAGUAUGGGCCAAAUUUAUUUCCUAAGAGUGCAAGUAUAAUAAUUUUAGUUACUAUCUGUUUAAAUUUAAUUUUUACUCAAUAUUUAUGUUUUAAAGUCCCAUUUUAAGUCUUAGUGCUAACUAUCUCAGUGAAGUCUCUGCACUACACACACAUAUAUAUUGUAGCGAAAAUUUCUCCUUCAGACCAAGCGCCGAUGGCUCAGUCGGCUAAACGACGCAUCUCAUAGCAGAGCGGAAGGUUGCGGGUUCGAAUAUAAGCGAGACGAACUGUCAAAAAUUGAUUUUUAAUUUCAAUUUGCUUUAUGUCAAACUUAUGUUAAUUAUGCAAAUUUGUUAUUUAUUCUAAUAUGUUAUUUAUGUAAAUUCCUAAUUUUCUGCGGGCCUUCAAAUUCUAGAAGGUUCUCCAACUGUAUAUAAAUAGUUUCCCAAUCGGUUAGAUUGGUAUUAAACUCUUCAGUUGAUCUUGAGUGUGUUCAUUUCUAUUGGACUUACUACAUUCACCUCAUCUACGUGACAGUUUGGUGGAGGCGCCGUGUAAGACAACGGAAGAGUUAAGCCAAAGCCGACGUAUUCAAGGACUCAAUCCUGAAUUUGGUCUCCUACCGGAUCCGACUAGACAAUUAAGGAAAAUGGUUGAAGGAGAAGCCGAUCAGAAAUUUUCAGCUGGUGCCAGUUCUGCUCCGAGUAACAUUGCAUCAGUUCCCCAGAAGCCCUUGUAUUUUCUCUGGAGACAACCAGGAAGACGCUAACCAGUGGCUCAAGGAUUUUGAUAGAAUAGCGAACUACAAUCACUGGGAUGACCAAAUGUGCUUAGCGAACGUCAUCUUUUACCUCGCCGGAACAUCCCGACAAUGGUUCGAUAACAAUGAAGACACUUUCACUGACUGGACUGUUUUUCGGAAUUCGCUGAAAAACACAUUUUGUCGUGCGGCUGAUAGAAAGCGCGAGGCUGAAAGCCUGCUACUCACCCGUGCGCAGCGAAUUGGCGAGUCAUCUGAAUCUUACAUUCAAGAUGUUCUUUCUCUUUGCCGGAAUGUUAACCCCUCUAUGGCUGAAGACGAGAAAGUGGCCCAUCUCAUGAAGGGCAUUGCAGAGGACUUGUACCAGAUUUUAUCGUCUCAAGAAUAUGAAACUACGGACGCUUUCGUAAAACGAUGCCGUCACAUAGAGAUCCUUCGCCGAAGACGCAUCGUUCGACCACGAUUUCAGAGACUACCUAAUGUCUCUGCGGUGUCGACCGAAACGGAUGCCGAUUAUCUCCGAUCAUUGGUACGCACCAUCGUCAGGGAGGAGCUUCAAAAGAUCAUGCCGGAAGUACAGGACUACAGAGAAGAGGUUAUGGAGGCUCUCGCACCAAUUACAGGUGCAAGGAGAGACAAGACGACUCCCCAACGUUCGGUUCCAACCAGGCCACAGGCAAGGCGUGAAAUCACCAACAGACCCACUCCUCAACGUAGAACAGACUUAUGGAGAACUGAUAAUAAUGUACCCCUUUGCUAUCACUACGGACGCCCAAGGCAUGUGCUAAGAUACUGCCAGGAGAGACGUCGAAUAUUUGAAAACGCACGAGCCACUAGAACCAUUAACCCUCGACGAGAUGUGUAUGCUGAUUCCCUCGCUAGCUUCGACGACGACUACGCACAGCCUAAUUCUUCCAGAAUAAGAAGCAUUUCACCUUAUCCACGACGUUCCCUCAACCGCCGAGAGUCGCAUUCACCAGCACGCCGUUCCAAAGGCCGCAGUGGAAGAAAAUCCUCCGACGUACACCACAGCGAAGUUAAAAGAGAACACCACCUAUAUCGCGGAAAUGGACAAUGUGUAAAAGCCCUCUUUGAUUCUGGUUCCAAUUAUUUCGUCAUAUCUGAAGAAUUACGCCGACAAUUGAAUGCCCCUAUGUUUAUUGAGAAUGGACCUAUACUGAAAACUGCUUGUGGUAAAACUGUAGCCGCCUCUGGACGCUGUGUAUUAAAAAUGGACUUGAACGGGACCGUGAAGCCGUUUGAAUUUCUCGUCUUUCCUCAGUGUAGCCAUCAAAUGAUACUUGGCUGGGACUUUUUCCGUGCCUCCGAUGCCGUUAUUGAUUGUGGAAACAAAGAGCUCCAACUUGCCGAAAUCCUUCCGUACAACUCGGGUUCAAAGGAAUCGGAUUGCUCUUUGAUUGCCGCAUCGGAUUACUUAAUUGAAUCUAACUCAACAAGACAAAUAUGUGCUUUGAAUUCGCAAGUGCAGGAAGCAGAUGGAGCUAUGCUUGUUCGUAGUACAAUUCUGAGGUACGAAAAGGAGUUAUCUAUACCAGCCUUGGUUGUCGACAUUGAGAAUGGCUAUUGUAAGGUGUGGAUAACAAACUGUUCCCGACAAACUGAAUUGAUUCCGAAAGGGAUGAAUAUAGGGUGCUUAACGACAAUAGCUAAUGACGCAAUCUGCUCCUUGAGUGAUAAAGAGCGAGAACGUUCACAGGGACACAAAUCCAGAAAAAGAGCAACACGAGAAAAGUUAAGAGAAAUUCUCGAUUCUGAUCUAACAAAUACUGAAAAAGAAGAGCUAUUGAGUCUACUAGAAGAAUUUAGUGACAUUUUUCACUUUAAGGGGACAUUGAGAAAAUCUGGAUGCAGUUCCGUGAGACAUAAGAUCGAUACAGGUGACAACACACCAAUCAAGCAAAGACGUACCGUGUAUCAGCCAUUGAAAAACGCGCGAUUGCCGAGGAGGUGCAGCGGAUGCUGAAAGACGUGAUACAGCCGUCAAACAGCCCAUGGUUAUCUCCAGUCGUCCUUGUGAAGAAGAAAAAUGGUGAAUGGCGAUUUUGUGUCGAUUAUAGAAGAUUGAACAAGACAACCAAAAAGGAUGUAUAUCCAUUACCUCGCAUCGAUGACGCCUUGAACUGUCUAGCCGGUGCAAAGAUUUUCUCUAUGAUGGAUCUGAAGUCAGGCUAUUGGCAAAUAGAGGUUGACGACAAAGAUAGAGAAAAGACAGCCUUCGUGACAUCAGAUGGUCUUUAUGAAUUUAAAGUCGUGCCAUUUGGGCUAUGCAACGCCCCUGCUACUUUCGAACGGAUGAUGGACACGGUACUAAGGGGCCUAAAGUGGAAUAUUUGUCUUUGCUAUCUAGACGAUAUCAUCGUGUACGCACCGAAUUUCCAAGAACAUCAAAUGCGCUUGAGGAAAGUUCUGAAGUGUAUCCAGGGAGCGGGACUGACGCUAAAUUCGAAGAAAUGUUCAUUUGGCAAAAAGAAGCUAACGAUACUGGGGCACCUAGUUGAGCAAGAUGGAAUCUAUCCGGAUUCACAGAAAAUCGUAGCCGUAGAAAAGUUCCCGACCCCAGAAAAUAUCGCCGAUGUCCGAAGUUUUCUAGGCCUAUGCUCAUACUAUCGACGAUUCAUCAAAAAUUUCGCUGAUAUCGCAAAACCCCUGCAAAAGAGCAACGAAAGGAUAAACAAUUGAAGACCAUCAUAGCAAUCCUCAAGAGAGGUGAAGCGUACCAAAGUUAUCAAAUGAGAAGUGGUAUACUGUAUAAAAGAAACUAUGAUCCGAUGGGACAGCAAUGGCUUUUGGUGGUACCAAAGCAGCUUCGUAGCGAUGUACUAAGCCUUCACGAUGCUCCUACCGCCGGUCAUCUCGCUUUUGCCAAAACAGAUGACAGAAUAAAAAGGAAAUACUUUUGGCCAGGGUUGUAUGGGAGCAUACAUAGAUAUGUAUCACACUGUCGAGAAUGCCAAAGACGAAAAUCACCACCACAAUUGCCACCGGGGCAGCUCCAUCCAAUAAAACCCCCUGACAUACCGUUUGUCAAAAUUGGAAUAGAUUUACUUGGACGCUUUCCAGUUACCCAAAAUGAGAAUAAGUAGAUUAUUGUUUGCACGGAUUACCUAACCAGAUUCACAGUUACAAAGGCAGUUCCAACCGCUGAGGCCGCCGAAAUUGCUAAAUUCAUAGUUGAAGAAAUUGUACUGAAGCACGGGGCUCCCAAGGAAAUGAUAAGUGAUCGAGGACGUAACUUUUUAGCCAACAUUGUUGAAGACAUCAAUCAGUUAUGCCAGACGUCACAUCUUCUGACAACCGUCUACCAUCCACAGACCAAUGGGUUGACAGAAAGAUUCAACAGGACAUUGGCAGACAUGCUAUCUAUGUACGUAGACGUUGAACAAAGAAAUUGGGAUACCAUUUAGCCCUUUGUGACUUUUGCCUACAAUUCAGCAAAACAAGACACCACGGGAUUUAGUCCAUUCUUUCUUGUUCACGGUAGAGAAAUCCAGACUCCUCUUGACGCAAUUUUCCCGUCUAACGCCGAAACUUCCGACGACAGUUAUGUUCACCAUCUGAUUACCAAGGCUGAAGAAGCUAGGCAGCUAGCAAAACUCCACAUCCGCGAAGCACAAGUUACAUUAAGCGCCGAUAUGAUGAGAGACAUCGGCCUGUCAGCUACAAUAUCGGGGAUUUAGUAUGGGUGUUCACCCCGGUACGAAAGGUGGGAUUAUCCGACAAGCUCUUAAGGCGCUACUUCGGACCUUAUCGAGUAACACGACGACUAUCUGACGUGACGUAUGAAGUAGAAAGUAUGGAACGAAAUAGAGGGCGUCGGAGUUCAAAAGACAUCGUCCAUGUACUACGACUAAAACCCUAUCUUGAUCCAAGAAGACAAUUUGUUGAUGGAGGGAUGCCUUAUAUUUCCAUUAGACCUGUUACGAGGAGCCACACCAGAUUGCAGCCGGACGCUGCUUCCUCCGAAGGAGGGGGAAAUGUAGCGAAAAUUGCUCCUUCCGACCAAGCUGAUGGCUCAGUCGGCUGAACGACGCAUCUCAUAGCGGAGCGGAAGGUUGCGGGUUCGAAUAUAAGCGAGACGAACUGUCAAAAAUUGAUUGUUAAUUUCAAUUUCCUUUAUAUCAAACUUAUGUUAGUUAUGCAAAUUUAUGUUAAUUAUUCUAAUAUGUUAUUUAUGUAAAUUCCUAAUUUUCUGCGGGCCUUCAAAUUCUAGAAGGUUCUUCAACUGUAUAUUAGUUUCCCAAUCGGUUAGAUUCGUAUUAAACUCUUCAGUUGAUCUUGA